AUGGCGUGCUCUCGAUGUGAUGUUGAAUACUAUGGUGAUCAUAUUUUCACGACUGUCACAAAAUCAGCCUCUGCUGUGGAUAGAUGGAUCGACCAGAUAAUGUAUGUGUAUCAAAGCAAAUUGAGUAAGCUUAUUAUUGGCCUUGACACCGAGUGGUUCCUGCCUGCUUAUCCCGGCGAUUACCAAAAGAUUGCCAUCUUACAGCUUUGUGUCGGUCGAAGAUGUCUUAUUUUCCAACUUUGUCAUGCAGACUAUUUUCCUCGAUCACUGAUUGAUUUUCUUGGCAACGAGAAAUAUACUUUUGUUGGCAAAGAGGUGAGGAACGACGCGCAUAAACUCAUGAAUGAUUAUGGACUGAAUGUAGGCCAUUGCAGGGAUGUUGCGUAUUGGGCUGCAUCAAAACAUGGCGGCGAGGAAGAUUUCAGGAAGUUUGGAUUAAAGCGUUUGGUGCUUAGAUUUUUGAAGAAAGAGCUGGAGAAACCCCUUAAAAUUACAUUAAGCCGAUGGGACCGUAAGAAGCUGGACUAUCAACAAAUAAAGUAUGCUUGUCUUGAUGCUUUUGUCUCCUUUAAACUUGGAGAACUUCUUAGCAAAGACUAA